AUGUUUCGCUUAUUCUUUGUGUUGGCUCUUGCCUUUUUGUUGAGUUCCUUCGCAAAAUCAAAGAUCAAAUCUGCUAAUCAGAGUCGUGGAACAGCGGCAAGAUCAAACUGCUGUGCUUCACAAGCCGGAUACUGUAAAGAUGGAAAAGACGGAAAAGAUGGACAAAACGGAAAAGAUGGACGCGAUGGAAUAAACGGUGAUGGAGAGAAAGGUGAACCAGGCAUGCAUGGUGUGAAUGUAAAUGCUAGCAUCAAGGGGGAGAGGGGUGAACCAGGACAAAAGGGAGAGAAUGCUUGCUUUUUCAUCGAGGGCGAGAAAGGAUCUGUUGGACAGAAAGGAUCACAAGGACAAAAGGGACAGAAAGGAAUGCCGGGAACAUGUGAUGACCUGAGCUCCUCGUCAUCCUCCGGGAAAAGAAGGUGUUGUAAAGAUGAAUGUUCUACUGGUCUCCAAUUCUUCGAGAAAGUUCUAGACUUGCCAACCAGAGAAGCUGUAGCUUUUCAACAUUUUACCUUUAAUGGAAGUCUGUUCCUCACGUUUGGGUACCAUUAUGGAGAUGUCCACAAAUACAAGACAAGCUUCAUGAUUUAUAACAUGGAUGAAUCGACUGAAAAACUCACUUUCUAUGACAGACAUGUGAGGAAGGUCGUGUGGUAUUUGCCCAGCAGAGAUGUCGCAUCAGACAAAGUACCUCUUCACCAUAGCGACCAUCACAAAGUGAACCAUCAAGGGCUGAUGAAAGGGGAUGGGGGUGCAGAAAAAUUGUAA